UUUGAAUUCCCUGUGGGUAGGACCUGAAAUACCUUCAACCUCCCUCCUCUUACCAACCUCCCUCAAACAUGCACAACUAAAAUGAUUACAUCUUCGCUUUCAAGUUUCUCCACAAGAAAACCCCUUUUCAAUAUAUAUAUAUAUAUACCCAAAAAAGUACACAAUAUACCCAAAAAAGAAAAAAAGAGAGAAGAUUUAUGGAGCAAUCAAGUAAAUGGAUGAUAUUGAUAGCAAGCACAUGGAUUCAAGCAUUUACAGGGACAAAUUUUGACUUCUCCUCUUAUUCCUCUGAAUUGAAAUCUGUUCUUGGAAUUUCACAAGUGCAGCUCAAUUAUCUGUCUAUGGCUUCAGAUUUUGGGAAAGCAUUUGGGUGGUGUUCUGGGGUCUCUCUUAUGUAUUUCCCAUUAUGGUUUGUUCUUAUCAUUGCUGCUUUCAUGGGACUUGUUGGUUAUGGUCUUCAAUGGCUUCUCAUUCAGAGAGUCAUCUUUUUGCCUUAUUUCUUGGUAUUUCUGUUGUGUGUGCUGGCUGGCUGCAGUAUUUGCUGGUUUAAUACAGUAUGCUAUGUCUUGUGCAUCAAACAUUUCCCGGCAAAUAGGCCAUUUGCAUUGUCCCUCAGCAUAAGUUUCAAUGGUGCAAGUGCAGCCCUGUACAACCUCAUUGCCAAUGCCAUUAAUUCCAAAGAUGACACUCUAUACCUUCUUCUUAAUGGCUUAGUCCCCCUUGUCACAUCAAUUGCAGCUCUUCCAAUCCUCCGGCAACCUCAAUCUCAAACCCUUCGUGCUGAUUCUGUUCAUAGAGAAUAUCUCAAUUUCCGCUGUCUAACCAUACUAGCAGUUUUUACCGGCCUUUAUCUCUUAAUCCUGAACUCGGUCUCAUAUAGUGCACAGACAGCUCGUAUCCUCUUGGCUGGUGCAGUGUUCUUGCUGGUCCUACCGGUGUUUGCACCAGGGAUUAUCUGCACAGAAGAGUGGUCUCAACUGUUCUAUCCUGAAUAUAUUUCACUUGAAGACAAUGAUACUGAUGAUCUUGGAAUGCUCAACGAAAUGAUUUGGAAAGAGGCCUCAAGUAUGAAUGUUUGGGCGGGAAAUUCUCAUGGUUCAAAAGAGAAGGAAAGUUGGAUUAGCAGUUUUCUGUUGAGAGAUCGUUUGUUGCUGCUUGGAGAAGAACAUUCAGCAAAUCUGCUCAUGCGUAGGUUGGAUUUCUGGCUAUAUUACCUAGCAUAUUUCUGUGGGGGGACACUUGUACUCGUUUACAGCAACAAUCUAGGCCAAAUUUCAGAGUCACUUGGUUAUAGGUCGGAGAUCAGCUUUUUUGUUGCACUCUAUUCUGCAUGUUCCUUCUUCGGGCGCCUGCUUUCAGCCGCCCCAGAUUUUCUACGCGACAAGAUGAACUAUGCAAGGACCGCGUGGCUUGCAUUUGCACUGAUUCCAACACCACUGGCUUUCUUUCUACUUGUUUUAUCAGGAAGCAAAGCUGCGUUGAGUGCCGCCACAGCAUUAGUUGGGUUGAGCUCAGGUUUUGUAUUUUCAGCAGCAGUGUCAAUAACCUCUGAGCUAUUCGGCCCCAAUAGUGCAGGAGUCAAUCACAACAUUCUCAUCACCAACAUCCCUCUGGGAUCGCUACUCUAUGGACUUCUUGCAGCUUUAGUCUAUGAAGCAAACCUAGAGAAACCAGACCAAGUGCUUGUAUUGGAUGGAUCAAAAGUUUGCAUGGGUAGGAACUGUUACAUUCAGACUUUUGUGUGGUGGGGAUGCAUCUCUUUAUUGGGAGUAGCAUCUAGUUUUCUGCUUUUCCUAAGAACUAAAGCUGCCUAUGACAGUCAGGAAAGGAACCGAAAUUGGAUGAGAUUAACUUGAGUGGGAUUAUCCUUCCGCACAAGCUUAUGACGGCUAUAUGAAGAUAGAUGUCAUUAGAAUCACUACCUCAUGGCACAAUUAACAGUUAUCCAGCAUAACAUUCUGCCGAAGGGUGGAAAGAAGUAUUAACUUUUGACACAAAUGGUAGGAACGGCUUAUUUGUAUCAUGAGGGUGAUAAGACAAGAAUCUAAACCCAAGCAGUUUAACAUACUCCACCUUUUGCAUGAUUAGGGAAGAGAAGUGAAUUGAAAUUUGUAGAGGAAUACACAGAGAGAAAUGAUGAAAGUAGAUACUUGAUGGAAUAAGACUGUUGGAAGAAACAAGUUCUGCUGACAAGCUACGCUGGCUUCUCCACAAAAGGCUAAUCCUCCAAUGAGAUACUAAAAUACUGUCAUCCCCUUCAAAUACUAUGAAAGAUAGUUGAUCACCUGAAUCCAGAAAUUUUGUGAAGUCCCCUUCCUCAACAGUUGAGGAGAGGAAGAAGAAAAGCAACUACCAUGUAAGAGUAAUGAGAAUGCACUUAUUUCUUGACUGUCUUUGAAAGAUUCCAUAUAAUGAGUACAAUACUGAUGAACAAAAUAGAUAAAACUUGGAACAAGUUACCUGUUGCAGCAUUUUUUAAUGGCCUAGAAACUGUUCUCGUUGUCUAAAUUUGCGGGACUUGCUCCCCAGGAAUCAAAAGAUAUAGCUCAUAUGGUGUGUUUGGAAAGAAAAGAGAAACAACUAAAAUGGGAGCAAAGAGCUUUCUCUUUAAAUCAUUUGCUAUAGCACGUUGCUCCAUAAGGCUGCUAAGAGUUUCUCUAGUUCCUAAGAAUGAGAGUAGGAACAUACUGAAAAACUAUUCAAGGCUGAUUAGGUCUGCCUGAAAAAUGUCUUAAACAAUAUGGAUUUCUUCGGUGCAGAAUACUAUCAGCAGGUUCAACAGACAAAAAG